GCAAGCGAUUCAUGAUAAGAAGAGCCUCAGUUUUCUUUCCCCGCCAGUCAACCUCAUCCGCUUCCAUUGCCAUCCCUCUUGACCUUGCUUUCGCUUGCCCUUUGGCGUAACUCGUACUCCUGCUUGCACUCUACAACACUAGUGCACACUCAGUCUACCGUCCUACAUCAUCAACCAUCUCUACAAUCGUGAUGUUCCGCAACGUGCCCAGGACGGCGCUUCCCGUCGCUCGGUGUUUAAGGGCUAGUGCCGGACGCGCUACCAUUGCAGGUACUCGUAUCCCCACUGUCCGCCAUUUCGGCACAACUGAAACCAAGACUGCGUUACCCCCGACAGAUGGAGUCUUUGUUCCAGGCACUGUGUAUGGCGGUCAAUAUACCGUGACUCUCAUCCCCGGUGAUGGUAUUGGUCUUGAGAUGGCCACUGCAGUAAAAACUAUCUUUAAGGCUGCACAUGUUCCAAUUGAAUGGGAACAGUUCGAUUUGUCUGGGUAUACGAAGAAGGAUGAAGGCUUGUUGAAGCAAGCCAUGGAUUCAAUUAGGCGAAACAGGGUUGCCUUGAAGGGUAUCCUUUACACUCCCGUAUCACGCUUGGGACACAGCUCCUUGAACGUUUUCCUGCGUAAGGAUCUAGACAUCUACGCCUCUACCUCCAUCAUUCAGAACCUUCCCGGAAGCUGGCCUACCCGCCACAAGAACGUCAACUUUGCGAUCAUCCGUGAGAACACUGAGGGAGAGUACUCGGGGCUUGAACACACUCCGGUUGCUGGUGUUGUAGAGUCAUUGAAGGUUGUUACCCGCGCAAAGACCGAACGCAUUGCCAAGUAUGCGUUCGACUUUGCUCUGAAGAAUGGCAGGAAGAAGGUCACUGCCAUUCACAAGGCCAACAUCAUGAAAUUGGGUGACGGUCUGUUCUUGAAUGUGUGCCGCGAAGUUGCAAAGAAGUAUGAAAGCUCUGGUAUCCAAUUCAAUGACAUGAUCGUGGACAAUGCUUCGAUGCAGCUGGUGUCCAAGCCCAGCCAGUUUGAUGUUAUCGUCUGUGGUAACUUGUACGGAAACAUUUUGUCAAAUGUUGGUGCGGCCAUUGUUGGCGGUCCUGGUAUCGUCCCUGGAGCCAACUUUGGAAGCAACUAUGCUGUGUUUGAGCCUGGAUGUCGUCACGUCGGCAAGGAUAUCCAGGGCCGCAACACAGCGAACCCCACUGCUCUCCUCCUUUCCUCCAUUCACAUGCUCCGUCACCUUGGUCUUGAGGAUCACGCCAACCGUAUCUCGCAUGCAUUGAUGAAGGUUAUCAAGGAGAGCAAGGUGCUGACGCCUGACCUUGGUGGCGCCCACAGCACUACCGACUUUACUCUCGCAGUCAUUGGCAACCUCUGAAUGAUUGGUAUCAUAGCUGGUGGACUGUGUUCCCUUUUUUAUUUUUAUUACAAACCCUGCCCGAUACCAUUAGUCAUCGUUAUUCGCACUUUCUUACCUAAAAAUACAAAAUGGCUCUUUUGCAAAAUG